AUGUCUGUCCACGCAGCAGUCGACCUCUCGGACGCCGCUUUAGGUGGUUCAAUUCGAAUAAAAGACGAACACUUCAUCGACGCCUACGGACGCGUCAUCUUCCUCCGUGGACUCAACCUCUCAGGCGCCUCUAAACUGCCUACUGAGCCAAAUGGUCUGUCUCACCUGGAUCAUGAUUUCUACGAAAAACAUCGCAUCGUUACGUUUGUAGGGCGACCUUUCCCACUUGAAGAUGCUCCGCUACAUUUUAGACGGCUUCAAGCUUGGGGUACACCCUUCGUGAGGUUGCUCGUAACCUGGGAAUCCCUGGGCCAUGCGGGGCCUGAUCCAGAGACGGAUCUGGAUCUUGAGUACAUCGCCUACCUGCGCCAAUUGAUUGAGAUGAUGCCGCAGUAUGGUAUUAAGUGCUUUAUAUGCGCACAUCAAGAUGUUUGGAGUCGGUAUAGUGGAGGUAGUGGUGCGCCCGGCUGGACGUUUGAGGUAGUCGGCCUAGACAUUGAGUCUUUCACCGAUACGGGCGCCGCAUACGUUCACAGCCAGGAUGAGAAGAAGCGCGCAAGUGAGCCUGUCAAUCCCAAAGAACCUGGAGGUCCUUUUCUUUGGCCUUCGGGAUACCAGAAGCUUGCCGCGUCUACAAUGGCGACCGUUUUCUGGGCAGGCGAUGCUUUAGCCCCCAACCUUAAAUGUUAUCGCAAGCCAGGCGACGUUGAGCAGGUAUCGGUACAAACGUUGCUUCAAAACGCCUGCGUUGAAGCUUUUGGACGACUUGCGGACGAAGUAGGCCAUCUCGAGGCAUGCAUGGGUUUUGAGCCUAUGAACGAGCCUCACCGCGGUCUUGUUAAUCUUCACCAUUUCCACGGCUGGAACUACGAUACCGAUUUACAUAUCGGCCACUGCCCCUCCCUUGCGCAGUCACUCGCUCUCGGAAGUGGCUACGCACAAGAAGUCGAUUACUGGGUCAAGUCAUGGCCCUGGCCAACUCGUGCUUCCCACAAGUCUCGUAUUGACCCCAAGGGUCGCUCCGCAUGGCUGUCGCUCGAUGGGAAGCCAAUUGGCAAUGGACGAGGCCUUGGUGAGUGCGUCUGGCAUGCCCACGGUGUCUGGGAGUGGGAUGACAAGAAGAAGAUCGCGCGUAUUCGCGAUAACGAUUACUUUGAGGUUGACCAUCGCCCUGGCCAAGAGGGGAAGCCAAUUGAGUGGUACAACGACUGCUAUGCGCCUUUUCUGCAGAAGUUCUCGGAGCGUGUGGCGCGCAAGACACCGCGAGCGAUGAGCUUCAUCGAGCCCAUUCCCAACGAGUUCAUGCCGCCAUGGCCCACGGAGGAUCCCGACAAUAAGAAAUGGCGUCGGCAAAAUUACUCUGAGAAAACAGUUAUCGUAUCACCGCGCCCUGACAAUUUGGUGUAUGCGCCGCACUUUUACGACCUUAACGUUCUGUUCAACAAGUGCCAUUCAUGGAUGAGCGUCAAUGUGCAAGGUCUUUCGCGAGGCAUGAUUCCUCUCAAUGCGCUUUAUUUCGGCGCCAAAGGUCUGCGAAGCAAUUACAAGAGACAAUUAGGCAAUAUUGUCAAGUAUGGAAUAGAAUCGCUGGGCAAAGUUCCCAUGGUCAUUGGCGAGAUUGGCGUCUCGUAUGAUAUCAACAAUGCAGAGGCCUUCCGCACAGGAUGUUACGACAAGCAACGCGAUUUGAUGAACGGUCUCAUCUCCGCCAUGGAAGACAACAAACUCAACUACACGCUGUGGAACUUCAAUCCCGCCAACAGAGUUGCGUAUGGUGACGGAUGGAACAAGGAGGAUUUCUCCGUCAUCAACGGCGACGACAUCAUCGACAACGGUCCUAUAAAGCCCGACUACCGGAAUGAAGCGCAUGAGAACGACGAGCUUUACAAGGGCGGUCGUGUUCUCGACGUCAUCAUUCGUCCGUACGCCGUGAAGACAGCAGGUCUUCCCAAAAAGUCAAACUGGAACCACAAAACGCUGCGCUUCCAAUACUCAUGGACCAGUACAGUUACCAAGGAAUCCACUGACGAAAAAGCUCAUUUGACCGAGAUUUUUAUCCCGGCGUAUCACUAUGACAAGCACGAGCUUCGUGUUCAAGGUACGAAUGUGGAGUGGACGUAUGACAAGCCGCGUCAGACGUUGUACGUGCGUAGUCCUUCGCAUGGGGAGCACAGCAUUACUGUUAGCAUUGAGAAUGAGGCUCGGCGUGUUCUUCAAAGAGCCCAGAGGAAGAGGGAGUUGUACCCUCCUGGUUUCCCGAUGAAUCUGGUGUCUGCUGCUACUGAGGAUGCUUUGGACGAUGUUGAUUGGUCUGUGGCAAUGAAUGUGUGGCCUAUCAUUGCGGCUAUUUUGGUCGCUCUCCUGGCAAGAUUUCUUUACCUGCUGUGGCAAGGUUAA